CACACAGGGGAGAAGUUACAUCAGUGUUUGGAAUGUGGGAAACAAUUUGAUUGGAAAAGUUCUCUUACUAGACAUGAAAGGACCCACACAGGGGAGAAGCCAUAUGAAUGUGUGGAAUGUGGAAAGAGCUUCAGUCAGAGUGACAGUCUACGUUCCCAUCAAAGGACCCACACAGGGGAGAAGCCAUAUAAAUGCAUAGAAUGUGGAAAGAGUUUCAGUCAGAGUGGACAUCUACGUUCCCAUCAAAGGACCCACACAGGGGAGAAGCCACAUAAAUGCAUGGAAUGUGGAGAAAGCUUCAGUCACAGUGGCAGUCUACGUUCCCAUCAAAAGACCCACACAGGGGAGAAGCCACAUAAAUGCGUAGAAUGCGGAAAGAGCUUCAGUCACAGUGGCAAUCUACGUUCCCAUCAAAGGACCCACACAGGGGAGAAGCCAUAUAAAUGCAUGGAAUGUGGAAAGAGUUUCAGUCAGAGUGGACAUCUACGUUCUCAUCAAAGGACCCACACAGGGGAGAAGCCACAUAAAUGCAUGAAAUGUGGAGAAAGCUUCAGUCACAGUGGCAGUCUACGUUCCCAUCAAAAGACCCACACAGGGGAGAAGCCACAUAAAUGCGUAGAAUGCGGAAAGAGCUUCAGUCACAGUGGCAAUCUACGUUCCCAUCAAAGGACCCACACAGGGGAGAAGCCAUAUAAAUGCAUAGAAUGUGGAAAGAGCUUCAGUCAGAGUGACAAGCUACGUUCCCAUCAAAGGACCCACACAGGGGAGAAGCCAUAUAAAUGCAUAGAAUGUGGAAAGAGCUUCAGUCAGAGUGACAGUCUACGUUCCCAUCAAAGGACCCACACAGGGGAGAAGCCAUAUAAAUGCAUAGAAUGUGGAAAGAGCUUCAGUCAGAGUGACAGUCUACGUUCCCAUCAAAGGACCCACACAGGGGAGAAGCCAUAUAAAUGCAUAGAAUGUGGAAAGAGCUUCAGUCAGAGUGACAGUCUACGUUCCCAUCAAAGGACCCACACAGGGGAGAAGCCAUAUAAAUGCAUAGAAUGUGGAAAGAGUUUCAGUCAGAGUGGACAUCUACGUUCCCAUCAAAGGACCCACACAGGGGAGAAGCCACAUAAAUGCAUGAAAUGUGGAGAAAGCCUCAGUCAGAGUGACAGUCUACGUUCCCAUCAAAGGACCCACACAGAGGAGAAGUCACCUUAAUGCACGGAAUAGGAACAGAGCUUUAGAAAAAGUUCAGCAUACAGUAGACAUCACAGAACUCAUGUACCUCUAGAGGAGACGGGCCUUUGAGUUUCCGAAUCUAUAAAAACACAUUGGAAGGAAAGAGGAAGGCCAGCACCUUGCUCUCUCUCCACCAUGAAUCGGAGUUUGUGUGGCCUUGGUUGACGGCUACUGGGAGCAGGUGUCACUCAGAAUGGCAGCAAGCUUGGAAGGGGUUCACCUAACCUCCUCCGCAAAGAGACCCAUCGCAGGCUUCUAGGAUGAUGUGUGAAGGUUUGCUGAAAUGAGCAGCAGCAGAGAUCUCUGGAUUAAAGGGUUCUGAAAAAGAAUAGCUCUUUGGUUGCAGAUAACGUCAUAUCUUCAUACUCCUGCCUUAUUUCUUGGCUCUUCUGCAUUCAAUGGCAUCAAUUGUUUCCCAUGCAUGUGUACUGUAUGUACUGUGAUCUGUCCUGAGUCCCUUGGUUGAAAUUUUGGGUGCUAGCCCUGUACUUUUAACCCUUUUCUGGACUUUGUUGUAUCCUGAAUCAUUGACUCUAAAUUCUGGACUGACGUCUAGGUUUCGUAUAUGGACUUGGACUUUGUUUGUAUCCCUGACUUUCUGGCUUGACUUUGGGACUCUAAAUUCGGUUUGUACUCUUGAUUUCUUGGUUGUUGUUUUAUCAACUCAGCUGAAUGAACUCCUGGCAUGUGACUGUUGGGACUGUGACCUUGGUUCUUGUUAAUUUUCACUCCUGACCUGUAUCUGCAGUACUCAACUUGUCCGCAAUAAUUGGACUCUUGACCUGCACUUGUAUUCAUUGUUCCUUCAAAUGUGUUGCUCCAAUUAUUUUAGCUCAGUGGCUCCCAACCUUUUUUUAACUAGGGAUCAUUUGUCAAGGGACCACUCUCCAAAAUUAGUACCAGAAGGGUUAUAAAUCAGUUUUUGGUCAACUUUAGAUUUGGUUUGGUUAUUUGGAGUGAUGAUUCAGAAAAUUGCAUUGGAUAGACCACGUCAGCUCUCAUUCCUGAUAUGCCAUCCAGUUAGUCGUCAUCUGCUCGCCCACAGAAAACCAUAUUUAAUAAUCCUCAGGACUAUAAGAGGGUUUCGCAAGACCAGUCACUCUCAUUGUAAUGGUGUAGUAACUGUGAGGCUGUGAACCCUAUUUUAGUUCUUGCGGAUCACUGGUGGUCCAUGGACCCCAGGUUGGGAACCACUGUUUUAGCUGGACUGAAGACUUUAGUUUUCCUAUAAAAUAAUAUGGUCUUGGCUUGUCUUGUGUUUGUUUAAUAAACCUCAGACUUUAUACCGAGAGAGCCCUGGAACAUGAGACCAUCAGCCUUGCUUUGUGUGUACUUAUCCCUGUGUAGAGUGAAACCCUUUCUGGAUAUGAGACUGUUCAAUCCCCACCUUUGGCAAAGGGUCCAUUAGGACACACAGUAUCCUUCCCCAACUGCAGAGAAUGGAAGACAAAAAAUGACUACAACGACUGAUGAAGAUUCAUGAAUCCGUUGAGAUGGACAUAUUAACUACAUUCAUGAAGUAUAGAACCGCAUUGAAAGGAAAUAAGAGUAAAUAGAGAUACAAAUCAUAUAGUGAGUGAGUUUUGUAAAUUAGCGUUUGAUGUCAGUUAGUUUUGUUCUUAUUGUCCAAGGUGUGUGUCCUUGUUCCCUUUAUAUUUGUUAAAUAGUCCUUUUUUUAAAAAAAUGUACCAAAAUUAUUAUUUGUAUAAAAUAUUGUUUUUAAAUACCAAAAUUGUAAUUUGUGUAAACAUGCUUUGAUUUGUUUUUCUUCUUUAGUCUUUGAAUAAAUAUUGUUUUUUAAAAA